GGUGACCCAGUGACUGUCAUUAAUCGUCAGCACACUAGCCAGCCAGUGCUAAUUACAGCAAGUCCGUAAGCGGUCCAGGCAGGCCGUGGAGUGUCUUUGCAGAGAAAUGGAUUUAUGAGUGAGGUGUCAGCAUGAGGCAGACUGUGCUUUGUCCGCCUGGGUGAUGCGUGCCCGUGAUGACUUUGGUCCAAGACCCUGAAGAACACUGAUUUGUAUGUGUCCCCCUUAGCAGCCACAUGUGCACUGCAUACGUUGUUCCUGUGGGUCUGGAGUGGUGAUGUCAGCCUGGGGUACAGAAGGCAGAGGCGUAGAAGUGAAGCUCUCCAGAUCUAGCAGCACCUCCCCUGGUGUGCUCCUCCUGGGGCCUCUGCGAGACGAGGGGUUGGAAUGAGAUACUUGCGUCUGAAAAGGCUUUGCUGACCUCGAUCCUCAGGUUGGGACGUCAUACAGUCUCUUGUGUGUGAGACUCUGUAAAUGCCUGCAAUGUUCCUGAGUCUGAACCAGGACUCAGAUGUGGGAGUGACAUCAAGGACAGGCCUGUUUUAAUCAUAAAAAUGGAGCCUUUUAGAGCUACAUAUUUCACUAGGAAUUUCUGAUCUAUCCUCGAUGGAGAGAUUAGGACACUGAGACAGAAGAAAGUUCAGUGGAUUGCCAAGGUUAGACACCUGGCCAGCAGCCAAGCCACGAGUGACGUGUGUUGGAGCAGGGUGCAGGCAGAGGGGUCAGGGAGAAGAGCGUUACUGAACCCAAGUCUGAUCUAAAGCUAAAAUCCAUGCUCUCGAGUACUGCUUGUGACUUCCCAUUCCCUCCUAAUCCAUACCCAGGUCUGGCUUCUGUUCCCACCGUUCUGUACGGUCUCCUGUGGGAGAGGUCACCAGUGCCCUGAGUGGGGCUAGAGGGCAGCUCCACUGUUCUCAUGCAAAGCUUUACUGCUGUUUUGAUGCUCCAUGUUUGAGGUUCCAGUCCUUGUCCAGGACCAGGACGCCCUCCAAGACGGGAUGCGCACUGCAGGAACAGCCCUUCCCGCUGAACCCGCUGGUGGCCGCGUAGCCACUGGCAUUCGCCCACAUCCUCUUCCCAGCUCAGUGCUGUUCGGCCUCCAGGAUCCGCCACGUGGUGCUCCUGCCCCUGAAGCUUCUGCCCUUUCCCAAGAAGAGAACCCAAGGAAUCAGUUAAUGGCGCUUAUGCUGCUAACAGCCCAGCCCCAGGAGCUGGUGAUGUUUGAGGAGGUGUCCGUGUGCUUCACUGCGGAGGAGUGGGCGUGUCUGGGCCCCAUUCAGAGGGCCUUGUACUGGGAUGUGAUGCUGGAGAACUACGGAACUGUGACCUCCCUGGAGUGGGAGAGCAUGAUGGAAGAUGUGGAGGUGACUUCCAAGCCCAGUGUUUCCCAGAGAGCAGACUCUCAGAAAGGCACUGCAAAAAGACUCCAUGCAGGUGCUCCCCAGGCCCUGGAGCCUGAGGCAGCGUGCGAAUGGCAAGCCUUGGCAAGGCAGUGGGAAAACGAAGCGGAGCAAAGGGUGGACACAGAGAAGAAAGUUCCCCUCUGUGCCCGAGACAAGAGGAAAAGGACUCUAUCGGAACAACGCCAGAGGUGGAAGGAAUUUGGAGAAAGCUCGACUUUGGGGUCAGCUGUUCCUGAAAGUUUAGUGGAUACUGAGGGAAAAAAGCUUUAUAAAUGUGAUAUGUGUUGUAAACAUUUCAAUAAAAUCUCCCAUCUUAUAAACCACCGGCGAAUCCACACGGGGGAGAAGCCACAUAAAUGUAAGGAGUGUGGGAAAGGCUUUAUCCAGCGCUCCAGCCUUCUGAUGCAUUUACGGAACCAUUCUGGGGAGAAACCUUACAAAUGCAAUGAAUGCGGCAAAGCGUUCUCUCAGAGCGCCUACCUUCUGAACCAUCAGAGAAUCCACACGGGGGAGAAACCGUACAAGUGUAAGGAGUGCGGGAAGGGUUUCUAUCGGCACUCUGGCCUUAUUAUACAUCUACGACGCCAUUCAGGGGAGAGACCUUACAAGUGUAAUGAAUGUGGCAAAGUUUUCUCUCAGAAUGCUUACCUCGUGGACCACCAGAGGCUUCACAAAGGGGAGGAGCCCUAUAAGUGUAACAAGUGUCAGAAGGCUUUCAUUCUGAAGAAGAGCCUCAUUCUGCACCAGAGAAUCCACUCUGGGGAGAAACCCUAUAAGUGUGACGAAUGUGGGAAAACCUUUGCUCAGACCACUUACCUUGUUGACCACCAGCGACUGCACAGUGCGGAGAACCCUUACAAAUGCAAGGAAUGUGGGAAGGUCUUCAUCAGGAGUAAAAGUCUCCUCUUACACCAGAGAGUCCACACAGAGAAGAAAACCUUCGGUUGCAAAAAGUGUGGGAAGAUUUUCACUUCGAAGUCCAGCCUCAUCGAGCACAAGAGGAUGCACAGCAGAGAGAAGCCUUACAGGUGCACCGAGUGUGGGAAAGCCUUCACUCAGAGCGCUUACCUCUUCGACCACCAGAGACUCCACAACGGGGAGAAGCCCUACGAGUGUAACGAGUGCGGCAAGGUGUUUAUCCUGAAGAAGAGCCUCAUUUUACAUCAGAGGUUCCACACCGGAGAGAACCUCUAUGAAUGCAAAGACUGUGGCAAGGUUUUUGGUUCUAACAGAAACCUCAUUGACCACGAGAGGCUGCACAAUGGAGAGAAGCCCUAUGAAUGUCGAGAGUGCGGGAAAACCUUUAUCAUGAGCAAAAGUUUCAUGGUCCAUCAGAAGCUGCACACACAGGAGAAGGCCUACAAAUGUGAGGACUGUGGGAAGGCCUUCAGUUACAACUCCAGCCUGCUUGUGCAUCGGAGGAUCCACACCGGCGAGAAGCCCUUUGAGUGCACCGAGUGUGGAAGAGCUUUCAGUUCCAACCGGAACCUUGUCGAGCAUAAGAGAAUCCACAGCGGUGAGAAACCCUAUGAGUGUAACGAGUGUGGCAAAUGCUUCAUUCUCAAGAAGAGCCUCAUUGGGCAUCAGAGGAUUCACACGAGGGAGAAAUCUUACAAAUGCAGUGACUGUGGCAAAGUCUUCAGCUACCGCUCAAACCUUAUAGCCCAUCAGAGAAUCCACACUGGUGAGAAACCCUACGCGUGUAAUGAGUGUGGGAAAGGCUUUACUUACAACAGAAACCUUAUUGAACAUCAAAGAAUCCAUAGCGGGGAAAAGACCUAUGAAUGUCAUAUAUGCAGAAAAGUCCUUACCUCUAGUAGAAAUCUUAUGGUGCAUCAAAGAAUCCACACUGGAGAGAAACCUUAUAAAUGCAAUGAGUGUGGGAAAGACUUUAGUCAGAAUAAAAACCUCGUUGUACAUCAGAGAAUGCACACUGGGGAAAAGCCCUAUGAGUGUGAGAAGUGUAGGAAAUCCUUUACUUCUAAGAGGAAUUUAGUUGGCCACCAGAGAAUCCACACAGGGGAGAAACCCUAUGGGUGUAAUGAUUGCAGUAAAGUUUUUAGACAAAGAAAAAACCUUACUGUACAUCAGAAAAUUCAUACAGAUGGAAAGCCCUGUGAGUGUGGUAAGUCAGAAAAAGAAUUCUGUCCGACUGCAAAUCUACAUCCUCAACAAAAAAUCCACACUGUGGAAGAAUUCUCUUGGCUACAGAAUACCAGUGAAUCCAAGAUAAAGAUUCAGAAAAUCUAGUGUCGUAAGUAAAAUGGAAUAUAGUCCCUGCCUACUGAAGGAACUGUGAAAGGAAUAGCUUAUAGGGAAAAACACUCAUGACUGCCCCUUUUUUAUGUGCAAGUGAGUUGCAUGUAGAAGAAAGUUAAUCUAGACUUUCAGGUCUUCAGAUCUACAGAAACAAUACAAUUUCUGGUUAAAGGCUACUCUGUUCCUGACCAUCUGUUAUGAACUUAGAGAGAGACCUUGGAGCAACUAAGGACUCCAAAGAAACUGACCUGUGUCUUACAAGAUGUCAUGAUGUCAUUACUAACAAGUGGAUGUUGUUUCUGAAAUAUGUGUAGUGUAUGUUUUAAAUAUAGCAUCACUGCUACAGAAAGUCUGUUUAGACAAUAUGAUCCAGACAUGUCCUGUGGAGUUGGGUGGUCAAAAGCCUAUUUUUGGAGGUUAGCCCCAGAUCACUGGUUUCAGAGUCAGGAGACCUAGGUUUGGUUCUGGCUGUGUCCCCAGCUAGCUGUACAACGUUACUAAGUAGCCUCUAAGACUCAGUUUGAGUCAGUCACAUGAUGACAUAUGCCUACCUCACAGGGUUGUUGUGAGGGCUAAGUGAAAGAAUCUUUGUGAAAGUGCUUUAUGAAAUAGUCAGUUGUCAAUAAAGUUGGAUAAGAGGUAUUGUCAAAAGCUAAAACAUGGCAUAAUGUUAGCUUAUGCACUGAGUCAGUAUUAGAAUGAGGGGGAUUCCAUGAAACUCAAAGUUGUUCAUUUUAUAAGAGAAAGAAUGGUGGAUAAGUAACUUUAUAAUUUAAUAAUUUGAGACAGGUUUAAAAAUACAGCUUUAAAAUGUCUAAAGGUGUUAGUAGAUUAUAUACCUAGUUUGUUUUUAAGGAAAAAUUUGAUUAGCCAUUGAUAUUGGUCCAGGAAUCCAAUUUAUUUUCAAUCUUUGAAUUCAAAACAUAGAUGGAGAGUGUCAAAAUGAAAGGACAGUCAUUUGUUGCUUUCAUUGUUCAUAGGGGAAAAUUCUUAACCCUAGCAGCUGAGCUGGGGUUGUACCACAGUCAUUCUCGGUUCACUUCAUUAUUGCUGUCAAGUGAUGACUUCUUACUCAUAAAACAGCAUUCUGUCCCAGCACUUAGUUGACUGUAAGUUUUCUCACAUAGAAUCAGGCCCUUCAGGUUUUGCUGAGGCCGGAGUAGAAUCCACCUAGGGUCAGCAAGAGCCCAUUACCCGCUCUGAAUCAUUCAGUCAACCUGUACCUUUCUGUACAUCUGUAAGUUUAAUUCAGCCUACGUUCUUGAGUUCAUAAUUUUACUCUGUAAUUCCCAGAACUCCAGUUCUGGAAUACACAAAUAACAGAAUGAUGUUUUUCAAAGUGGAGUGUUGAGAGCUUGGUUCCUGAUGAGAAUAAAAAGUAUCCCGGAGAGAAGACCGAGGGACCAAGCCUUAAAACCUGGGAAUGUGUCAGGUUCUGCCACUUGUUUUGCACAAAUUCCCUCACUUCUUGGAACCUUGAAUUCCUCUGCUAAACAGGAGGAAGAAUAUCUACCUCACAGGGUUGGUAAGAGGGCGUGAAUAUGGGGCUGGCGUUGUAGCACAGCAGGUUAAGCAGCCACCUGUGACACUGACAUCCUGUGUUAGAGCAUUGGUUUGAGUCCCAGCUGCUCUGUUCUGCUUCUAGUCCAGUUCCCUGCUCAUGUGCCUGGGAAGACAGUGGAAGAUGGUCCAAGUACUUGGGCCCCUUCCCACCCAUGUGGAAGAUCUGAAUGGUGCCCUGGCUCCUGACUUUUCACCUGGGCCAGGCAUGACAGUUGAGGCUGUUUGGAAAAUCUCUUUCUCUCUCUCUCUCUCUGUCUCUCUCUCUCUCUCUCUCUCUCUCCCUCUCCCUUUCAAAUAAAUAAGCAAAUGAAUGAAUAAAUCCUUUUUAAAGAGAGGUAAUGACUAUAAAAAUGCUUCAUAUCCAUGCUGCAGAAGAAUCAUGCAAUAGCUUAUAAUAAUUACAAAGCAACAUACAUGCUUUAACAAUGUUGCCCGUGACAGAAUGUUACAUUGAUAAAACAGCCCACAGACUAUGUCUCAUUGUGUGAUGUAAUAAGCCAAAAAAUGUUUAAGCUAUAUUUAAUCAACUUUAGACCUAGACCUACUUGCCAGUUUACAGGAAAUACUGAAGGCAGAGGAACAAGAUAAAAGAUUCUGUGAGAAACAGACAAAUCCAGGUCAUGGUAUAAAGAAAGCCUCCUGGAUUCUUCAGACAGUCAUGGUAAGAAAGAAGGAUGUGUCCUUUGCUGAGGCUGGACAAGUGAGUGGGGAGUUCACUGUACUGUUGGCUACUUUUAUGUAUGUAUGAAAUUUUCCAUAAUAAAAGGUAUAAAAACUGGAUGAGGGGGUUGAUCUUAUGAGUUACAAAAGAAUCAUAGGAUACUAAGCACCAGAAAUAGACAAACGAAUGCCCCCAUUAAUUUCCAGUCAGUGCAAAAGCAAUGCCGUAUUGCCUUUUCAACAAAUGCUGCUGGAGCAAAUGUAUAUCCAUAGAGAAAAACGAAAACAAUUACACAACCUAGGGUUAAGCAGAGAACUCUUUGGUGACAUCAAAAACAUACUCCAUAGAAGAAAAAAUAAAUAGAGCACCAUCAAAAUUAAGAUAAAUUGCUCUGCCGGCGCCGCGGCUCAAUAGGCUAAUCCUCCGCCUAGCGGCGCCGGCACACCGGGUUCUAGUCCCGGUCGGGGCACUGGAUUCUGUCCCGGUUGCCCCUCUUCCAGGCCAGCUCUCUGCUGUGGCCAGGGAGUGCAGUGGAGGAUGGCCCAAGUGCUUGGGCCCUGCACCCCAUGGGAGACCAGGAGAAGCACCUGGCUCCUGCCA